UUUUUCGUCAAGCUUUUCAAGAAUUGGAGCCUCGGCCUUCAGGGAACAACACCUUACCUGAUCACUCCAUUGACCUAAUUGAACCAGGGGAUCCCAAUGAUGAGCAUCCCAUUGAACCCACUGCAUCAACAAAUGCAAUACCAGAGACCCAAUCAAAAAAAUGCCAGGCCACACUUCAAGUUCCACAGAGGACAAGGCGGAUCCAAGUGUCAUUGGAUAAGAAAAACAUGGUGUCCACAAGUACUCAGUGCUCAAGCCUGACUGACAACAUUCCACUUAGAGUAGCUGCUGGUCUGACCCCUGUCCUUCAGCAGCAUGCAGUUGAGAAUGUGGAGGACAAUGAUGAUGAUAGUGACAUUGAGGGUGGUGACAUUGAGGGUAGUGAUGAGGACCCUGACUUUGACCUAGAUAGUGAAUAUCCAGAGAGUGAUAGCAGUGAUGAAGAGGAUGAAGAAUUCCAGCUGAGCACUGAUAUAACACCGGAAGAAGAGAGACAGUUUUUAGUGUCUGAGGUAAAGUUAGCCAAACUUUUGCAAAACUGUAGAGUUUGCGGUAGUACAUGUCACACAGUAGUGAAUGGUGUUUGUGGAACCAUGAUUUCAACAUCCUCUGUGUGCCCUAAUGGACACUCCAGUACUUGGGAAAGCCAAAGAUGCCAUCAUGGAAUGCCAUGGGCAAAUUUGUUGGUUGCCGGUGCUAUUGUGUUUAGUGGAGCGAAUGCCUCAAAAAGCCUCAGACUCUUUCGACAUCUGAACCUGCAGAUGAUGUCCAUGUCCACAUUCAGCAGACUGCAGGCAUCUUAUGUUGUACCUGCCUCCAUUUUCACAUGGGACUUCCAUCAACAGACCCUUCUUGCGGAGUACCAGGGAAGAUCUUUGACCCUUGGUGGAGACGAACGGUGUGAUUCUCCUGGAUUCUCAGCG